AUGAUCAACAACAACAAGAUGCUCUUAACAUCAAGAUGCUCUCAACAUCAAGAAGUGCGAGCACAGACGUCAAUUAUCCCUCGCAAAUCUGGUGUAGUGAUGUCACGCCGUCGUCUCUUAGGUGAUGUCACGCCGUCGUCUCGUAGUCUAAUGUCAAUGGUUCACCUGGAACAAGUAAAUCGCCUGGGGAACGGACAGAUCCCCAGGAGAGGGAAGUGCAGUGAGACACGAAGAGGAAAUCUGGCAGACACGGCAGACAAACACAGCAAACAAACACGGCAGACAAACACAGCAAACAAACACGGCAGACAAACACAGCAGACAAACACAGCAAACAAACACGGCAGACAAACACAGCAGACAAACACAGCAGAUACACACAGCAGACAAACACAGCAGUCACACACAGCAGACAAACACAGCAGACACACACAUCAGACAAACACAGCAGACAAACACAGCAGACAAACACAGCAGACAAACACAGCAAACAAACACGGCAGACAAACACAGCAGAUAAACAGAGCAGACAAACACGGCAAACACAGCAGACAAACACGGCAGACAAACACAGCAAACAAACACGGCAGACAAACACAGCAGACAAACACAGCAGACAAACACAGCAGACAAACACAGCAAACAAACACGGCAGACAAACACAGCAGACAAACACAGCAGAUAAACAGAGCAGACAAACACGGCAAACACAGCAGACAAACACUGCAAACAAACACGGCAGACAAACACAGCAAACAAACACGGCAGACAAACACAGCAGACAAACACAGCAGACAAACACAGCAAACAAACACGGCAGACAAACACAGCAGAUAA